UUGGAUAUUUCAGCUGUUUCCCUCCUUGGAGAUGAGGAACUAAAAGAAUAUAUUCCAAAAUACGGAGAUCGCAUUGCAAUAAUAAACUUUUGCAAGCGACAUCAAGGUUUGACCCAUAGAGAGAGCCUAGUUGAAAAACUGAAAAGGAAGCUGGAGAGCAAAGAUAAAAGAACCAGACAUUCAUCGUCGACUGAUUCCAUGCCAGGCACCAGUGGUUCUGUUGAAACGUCCUACAAAAAAAAAAUGUACUAGAAUGGUGAGUUUUGGUUGGAUUCGGAAUGGAGUACAGGUCCGCUCUAAGUCUGGUGGAGGAUCGAGGAGAUUGAGUGUUCCCGUUACCUGGAAGAAGGCAGAUUUAUUAGAAAAAGCAAUCCAGCUGUUUUUUGCAGAAAAUCCAAAUGAUAAGGAGUUGGAAACCUGCACAAUAUUGGAUUUCAAACAUCAUGAAUUUGAUGAUGACUUGACUGUCGAAAAAAUUUUUGAUGUUACAAAGUUGACGUAUUUCUCAUUUUAUCUAUCCACGACUACAGUUCCUGAGAAGGAUAAGCCAGAAACAAAUAAUAAUGAGGAGACAGCAUCGGAUACUCCUACACAAACAAGCGAUACAUUGCCAUCCAUUCCCCAAGUCCCUCCAAACGAUAGCGAACCAUUCGUAAUGGAAGAUUUUGUUCAAUUAUUUACCGUCAAUGACGGAGUGAACUUAGAAUUACCUAUUACUGAAGAAUUCAUCAUAGAAUCUUCACAGAAUCUGGAACAAAUCAAACUGAUACUCCAUAGGGGCCACAUUAUGAACGAACUUUUAGAAGCGUUCAAAUCAUAUUCGCACAUUAACAUAGUCUUAGAAAUAGAAAUGCUAUUACCUAAUGGACAGAAGGAAGCAGCUUUUGAUGGAGGUGGAGUUUACCGCGACGCAUUGUGCGAGUUCUGGUCCGAAUUUUAUCAGAGGUUAUGCACAGGAAACACUUGCAAGAUACCAGAAAUCAGACAUGACUACGAUGAAUCGUCUUGGUUAGCUGUUGCUCGAAUUCUUCUUCAAGGGUAUAAACAAGCGAAGUAUUUUCCCUCAAAACUCUCACGUGCCUUUAUGGAACAAGUAUUAUUUGGUACGGUUGUCUCUGAUAUAACCGAAUCUUUUUUCAAUUAUUUGGGGCCCUAUGACUCUGGAGUUUUGAAGAAAACUCUCGACAAUCCAGAAGAAGCAGAUAUUUCAGAGAUCAUCGAUAUCAUGGACAAUUUAGGAUGUAAAUCUCUUAUCAACAAAGAAAAUGUCAGUAAAGUCAUCAGAGAUAUUGCACAUGCUGAACUCAUUCAAAAAUCAAUGUUCAUCAUCGAUGCAUGGAAAACUGUUCUGAGAAAUAAAAUUACAUUCGAAGACAUCGUUGAUGUUUAUGAGACCAAAAAAAUAAAUAACAAAAAUGUUCUGGAGUAGAUAAAAACUUCAAGACGCCAUCUUUUAUCAGCCCAAGAGGAAACUAUUAUAAAUCACUUAAAGCGCUUCAUUCGAGAAGUAGACUUGAAUAUCUUAGAAAACUUCUUAAGAUUCUGUACUGGGUCCGAUGUGAUCGCUACGGAUGAAAUAACUAUUGAAUUCAAUCAAUCAACAGGUAUACAUCGUACACCCGUCGCUCAUACAUGUACAUCUACUCUAGAGUUAUCGAUUAACUAUGCAUCCUACAAUGAAUUCAGAUAUGAAUUGAACUGUGUUUUAGGAUCGAAC